AUGUCUGGCCUGAAAUCGUUCCGAGCUACCCUCCAGCAGGAGAUUCUGCCCACAGACGAGAACUGGACAUAUUUGGUCCCAAACCUGCCCUCAUCUGGAAAGCUGGAUGAGGCAGGCGCAACAAAGUCCAUCUCGUUCGUCUCUUCAAAGGAGGAGCAGUAUGCGGAACUAAAGAUCGAAACCCUCACCUCCAACAGGAUAACACGGUUCUACAAGGCGCACUUGUUUCUCGCUCUCAACGUCGCCAACUUUAGGCUACGCAUGCCCAAAGAGUCCGAGGACCAGGAGAUCACUUUCGCACCAUGGCGCGAGUCCGCAGGUUACCUGGCCGGGCUGUUGAAGACUGGUAUCUCGCUGAACAAUGUUCACUACAGCUUCUUCGGCCAUUCCAACAGCCAACUGAAAUCGCGUUCCUGCCUCCUGUUUGCAGCCACGAAACCGGAGAUUUCAGUGAUGGUCGAGGCUCUCGGUGACUUCUCCAAGAUGAAGUCUGUUGCGAAGAAGGUCAAACGGAUCGGGCUGCUCUUCUCUACUGCCGAGGUGGCAGUCCAGCUGGACCCGGAUCGUUGCGAAGACAUCGACGAUGUUGUGUUCCAAGACUACACAUUCACGGACGGCUGCGGACUGAUCUCGGAGCAAUUAGCGAGGACUGUGGUCCAACGGCGCAAUAUCGUGUUCCGCAAUAAGCGGUAUCUGCCUUCGGUUUUCCAAAUUCGUUACAAAGGCUACAAGGGAGUCCUCACGCUGGCGCCCAGCCUGAAGGGACAGUUUCAGGUACAAUUCCGGCAGUCUAUGAAGAAGUUCACCACCGCAACGGACAACUCUUUCUCGGUUGUGGAAUGCUCGAAGCCUUACUCAUUUGGCUAUUUGAACGAUGAAGUGAUACUUCUCCUGCACUCACUCGGGAUAUCAGCGGAAAUGCUCCACCGGAAGCAAGCCGAAUACCUGCACUUUUUGGAUCAAGUCUCUGGAGGAGACCCGCGAGCAGCUUUCCGGUUCCUGUCCUACCAGAGUGAGAUUGGCUUGGCUGAGAAACUGUUGAUAGACGGUGUUGAGUCUGUCAUGCCAUCAUUGCAGAAGAUGGUAGGACAGGAGCGUGCCAAGAUGCUCAGCAAACGAGAUGUUCAGCGCUGCCGAAUCAUGAUCCCCAACUCAAGGCUACUUUUUGGCGUCUGUGAUCCAUUCAGCACGGGAGAUGCGCGAGGCAGACUGAAACCGGGAACAUGCUUUGUUCGCAUCACUGACGAUGCCACUGGAGAGGCCAGAACGAUCAUCAACACCGAGGUCAUGGUCACUCGAAAUCCGUGCUUGCAUCCAGGAGACUUGCAAAAGUUUCGAGUCGUCGACAUCCCCGGCUUCUCACAUCUUGUGGACUGUAUCGUGUUUCCUGUGUGUGGAAAGAGACCAAGUGCCGAUCUGAUGUCGGGCGGUGACCUGGAUGGUGACAAGUUCUUCGUUACGUGGGACCCUGAUAUCAUUCCUACACAGAUCGCGGAGUCGGCUGAGUAUCCAGGAGUGAGGGAGCGCAUACACUUUGGACUUAUCACCGACGAUGAACGAGCCGAGUUCUUUGCCGGAUACACCAGCGCUUCUCUGGGACGAGUGAAGAAUUUGUAUCUGGACUGGGCCAGACUGCGCGGACCAAUGAGCGACGAGUGCCAACAACUCAACCGACUGUUUUCGCAAUGCGUUGACGGCAACCGUAUAAGGAUUCCACCUGAACUCGAGAAGCUCCCCAAGCCAGCAGCAGAAGUGGCAACUUUCAUCCUCGACGAACUGCAUGCUGCUGCCACGGAUUCUCUGCAUACUACACCUGCCCGUCAUUUCGAAAGUAUUGACAGUUCAGAGGACUUAAUGGACAUUCUGGCCAAUCGCGAUCACUUUGCUUUGUCUGAGUUCGAGCUCAUCAAAUUAGUUCUGCGGCGAUGUGAUCGGUUGCUAGAGGAUUCAGGACCGUACUCUCCGCUGUUCAACUAUGCAGCACUUAGCGAUGAAGAGAAAGCCUGGCUUUUGGGCCGAGUCCCUUCAAAGACGAUCAAGCCAAACCUUGUUCUGAACGGACUUCUCCAGUCAGACCUUGUAAUGCCCGCUGAGCUUGAACAGUUCGGUCUUGAUCAUUCGGCUUUGCAUUGGAAACCGGUAUUCUUGUCAAGUUGUGAUCGGAUGGGCCGUUUUCUUGACAGUGCAAGCCGCACGUCUGAGCUAUUCCACAAAAAGCUCAUCAUGAUUCAAGCUGACGAGCGUCUCGUACUGAUGAUCUAUAUCCCAAACCAGAUACCUGCAGAGAAGGAAGUACAAGUCGAUGCUUCCGUACGGAUCUUUGCCGUUCCACGAUCGACUACUCACACCUCCGCCCCUUGUUAUGUUACUCCCACCAAGGCAAAUUACCGACUAUACUGCGAUCGUACGUCCUUCCAGCUGUAUCAAGGCGAACGCCGGAACACUUUCGUCUUCCUUACCAGAGGUCCCACCAACAACACCGCAAUUGGACUGACGUCCGGUCAGGGUGAGCAUAGGCGACGCAAACAGCAAACGAUCGAUGAAGGGGUCAACUUUGACUGCCGAGCAAGUGUAGCACUCCAAAAGAUCAACGAAUCAGUUCGGAGUCAUGUGGGUCGGAUGAACCGAGCCGGUGUUCUGGCUGCGGAGAUCUACGUCAUCAGCAACAGAGACGUCGCGUCCAUGCGAGUACUCGAUCAGUGGCUUCAUUAUGUUGAUACUCAAGAAGUUCUGCCAUUGUUCCAGUCAUCACAUCAAGAGUACCGCGUCCCGACGUUGAAUGAUGUGGACUGGAGUGGCCACACGCCCACCGUUGCAAAAAUCGUUCGACAUGGAGACCUCUCCGAUGUGAGCAACUCCAUGACAACGCAGGAGCUACAGGACGUUCUGAGCCUCUUCAAUACUACUGGUCAGAAAGUCCGCCUACGAGAAUUCUGUGUGACACUGCUGGCCACUAUGCCAGUUGACAGAGUCGAAGAGAAAUUGCCAUUGGUCCAGGCGAUGGCGCUCUGCUUAUUAGACGCACCAUACUUGGUAGACACUGUGCUUCAGUCGGAAACCUACAUGAUGCUCAAACACAGACUCAAGGACGACGUCGAUGCGGUGUUUCCCCUCUUGCUCGAAAAGCUGGUUCUGAGCGUCAACUCUUUGGGUGUAUUUGUGAAGCACCCAUUCCGGAUAGUCCUAUGUGAGACAGAGCAAAUGUCUAUACAAGCGUUCUCGCAGCUUGUUGAACUAGUGGCAUUGACGGUGAGAGAGCCAGAGUUCGCCCUGGACAUACUGCUGGAAUGCCUUGAGCCGGAAUCGACAAGGCUACUAGACGGGCCAGAAGUUGUCGUCCAGCAGUUGGUGAAAAGUCUCACUGGCAUUGCGAUGAACCACAUUGACGAAGCUGUGGACGGUGGGAAGCUUGCAAAGCUGAGCUUGAACCUCACCAGAAAUGGCAUGAGUGAUGGAUAUGAAGUUGUAAAGGCCAGCAUCCGCAUCGAUGCUGCCGAAGCUCAACCAAAGGUCGGCGAUCACAUUCGCUUGGUUACUUCCGAUGCGCCUCAGAAUGCUCCAGCAAUGCAGCCAGCUACUCUGGACACGCUCGUCAUUAGGUCGGACCAAGGAUCCGUGAGCUUUCGGUGCCUGCAUGCUCUCCCUCCAUACGUGGCCGACUGUAGCUGGCGCUACCGACACUGCGGCUCUUUUACAACAACGAAAGCCAUGUUUGAUGCCGUGACUCGACUUUAUGCCGAGAAGUCCGCAUGCUGUGGGAUCUAUCGUUGGCUCGUCGGCAGUACUACGAAAGAUGAGCGAGCAGAUAGACAAGAAGCUCUAACUGUACCAAAGGCUCAAUGUGAGACUCUCAACAACAGCCAAAACGAGGCGCUGAGCGCAGCAAUUUGCCAUCCUCUGACGUUCUUGUGGGGACCACCAGGAACGGGAAAGACGUACACCAUCGUGACCAUCAUCCAUGAGAUGCUUCGAACGUUCCGAGAUUCCCGGUUCCUCAUCACAGCACCGACGCACAAUGCUGUAGACAACAUACUGAGACGUCUCGUUGCCGGCCAUGAUGCCGAAGUGCUGUCAUACAAGCCGCUUCGAGUCUCAACAGACGUUCGAAAGGUCUCACCAGAUCUGAUGGCAUACACCUGCGAUGCGAUGGUAGGCAAAGACCUCUCCGAAGGCUUCCGCGGUCGUCGCGAAGCGCAGAAGCGUGUGAAGCAAAGCCGCCUUGUGUUCACUACAUGUGCCGGCGCUGGCUUGGGUCUGCUGCGUACAGAAGACUUCGACGUCGUUCUCGUUGACGAAGCAUCUCAGCAAACGGAACCGGAGACUUUGAUACCCUUGACCAAAGGCUGUCAGCGUGCCAUUCUUGUUGGGGACCAUGUGCAGCUCCGUGCCACUGUUGGCAGGCACGCAGAGACGACCGGCUUCAAUGUGUCGUUGUUUGAGAGACAUUAUACAGGACCGGAUGUACCUGGGGUUGCUAAGGUCAUGCUGGACACUCAAUACCGCAUGCACCCGGACAUCUGUUCCUUCAGCUCGAAUACCUUCUAUGACGGGAAGCUACAGUCGGCUCAAGCGAUGAGCCGGAUACCAUUACCAACAUCGCAGUUCCCAUGGCCGAAAUCUGCUCGCAAGGUGUUCGUCCAGGUCGAGAGUACGGAAGACAUUGGUCGGCAGUCGAAGUCGAAUAUCGGGCAAGUACAAGUGUGCAAGAGGAUCUGCACCCUCCUGUCAACUGCACCUAGCAGGCCUGCUUCGGCCGGCGCAGACUCCAGCCGGGUCGAGAAAACCGAACAGCCAAAACCAGAUAUUGCCAUCCUUACGCCGUACACCGCUCAACGGGAGCGGCUCAAGGAGGCCAUACCAGGUUACACUGUCUCCAGCAUCGAUGGCUAUCAGGGCCGUGAGGCAGAUAUCGUCGUGUUCUGUACUGUUCGAAGCAACGCGCACUACGACAUCGGGUUCGUCAACGACCUUCGCAGGCUGAAUGUGGCGAUAACGAGGGCAAGAGCUGGGCUCAUCAUUGUGGGAAACAGAGCAACUCUGACAACUCAAGCGGGUGAAGCGAUCGACAGUGAGAGCAAGACGGUUUGGAAGAGUUUGUUGGAUCAGUGUGUAGAGCUGCAACUCCCAGGGUAA